GUAACUACUAGUUUUGAAAUUACUUCAUCAUUAAAAGAAAUAUUUUGUUUAGAUAAAAUUAUAUGUAUGUGUGUUGUAUAGAAAGAAGCAAAUUUGGUUCAUAAAGUUGCAGCAAGCCAAAUGAGUUUUGAAGCAUCUGGAUUAACCAAGCAAGAACCUUAUGAAUUUUGGGUUACUGCAUCAACUAAUAUUGGCGAAGGACAGCCAACCAAACCACUUAUCAUUGCCCCCAAUACUCGAGUUCCCGCAAUGAUUGCUUCAUUUGAUGAUAUAUUCACUGCUACUUACCGUGAAGAUGUUAAACUUCCUUGCUUGACUGUGGGUGUGCCAGCUCCAGAAAUUACAUGGAAAAUAAAAGGUACUCCACUUGAAAAUAAUGAUCGUAUUCGUCAAUUACCAGAAGGUUCGCUACUAAUAAGGUCAGUUACAAGACAAGAUGCAGGAGAAUACUCAUGUUUUGUUGAAAACUCUUUUGGAAAAGAUAAAAUUACUCAUAAUAUUAUGGUAUUAGGUAAAUAAUUUGAUAAUAUUUUAAUAUACAAG